AUGGACUUCCCGUGGUAUGGCUUCGCCUGGACUGCUCAGGUCUUCACCGCCAGUAGUGCCCUGGACGUCCUGGUGAUAGUUUUGUACUUCCUGUUGUCCUGGGCAUCGCGCUUUUGGUUUAUUGGAUUCCCCCCCGACACCACCCCUUUUAUUAAGGCUAUAUUGUCAAGCAGUCGUGUGACAGUAGAAGACUUCUUCCUGGCUGGCCAAAAUCUAGCAUGGUGGCAGAUAGGCGCUUUUCUUUUUGCCUCGAAUAUUGGCACUGGGCACUUUAUGGGCCUGGCUGGAAAGGGGGUGUCUUCAGGGAUUGCUGUUGGGGACUUUGAGUGGAAUGCUCCAUUUGUGCUCUGUGUUCUUGGUUGGGUAUUUUCUCCCAUUUACAUUAAGGCUGGGGUAGUAACAUUGCCCAAAUAUUUGAGGAAGAGGUUUAGUGGCUACUGGAUCCAGUUCCUCCUCGCUAUUCUGUACUUGUUCCUUUAUAUCUUCAGUAAGAUCUCGGUGGAGAUCUGCACUGGCUCCAUGUUCAUGAGGCUGGUUUGGGGGUUGGAUGUUUACCUGGCCACCGUAGUCUUGCUGUCAGUUACUGUCAUUUAUGCCAUCACAGGCAGUUUUGUGGCUACAGUUUAUACUGAUAUCUCACAUGCUGGCGUUGUGGUACUGGGCUCAGUCUUGUUAAUGGGCUGUGCCUUUAAGGAGGUGGGAGGAUACCAGGAGCUACAGCAUAAGUACAUGGAUGCUAAGCCCACCCUCAUCCGUGAAGGAAACUGGACCGCCCAGCCGGAAUGCUUCAUUCCUCAUCUGGAUUCUUUCCAUGUCUUCCAAGAUCCCAUCACUGGAGACAUACCCUGGCCUGGAGUCAUCUUUGGCAUCUCCACCCUCUCCUUGUACUACUGGUGCACUGACCAGAUUUUUGUCCAGGGCUGCCUGGCAGGGAAGAACGUGUCUCAUGUGAAAGGCGUCUGUGUCCUGUGUGGAUACCUGAAGCUGCUGCCCAUGUUCAGCAUAGUGAUGCCGGGGAUGAUCAGCCGCGUCCUGUACACAGAUAAAGUGGCGUGUGUUGUGCCUUCAAAGUGUGAAAAGUACUGUGGCGCCAGAACUGGCUGCAGACCCCUCACCUACCCCAUGCUGGUGGUGGAGCUGCUGCCCAGUGGCAUUCCAGGCUUGAUGGUGUCUGCACUCUGGGCCUCUCUCAUGUCCUCCCUGACUUCUGUUUUCAGCGGUGCCAGUGCCGUGUUCACAAUGGACAUCUACACCCAGAUACAGCCAAUGGCCACUGAAAAGGAACUCAUGCUAACAGGAAGGUUUUUUGUUAUAAUCUUACUUGCUGUCUCCAUUGCAUGGGUCCCUGCUAUACAAAUGGCACACAGGGAACAACUAUUUGAAUACAUGCAAGCAGUUUUAAGUUACCUGACGCCGCCCAUUGCUGCCAUCUUCCUGCUUGCCAUAUUUUGCAAGAGAAUCACUGAGCAGAUAGGUGGGAGUUGGGGGUUGACUGCUGGACUUCUGACUGGCUUCUGCCACAUGGUGUCCGAGUUUGCCUACGGGGCCUGGAGCUUCGACAAGUGCCCUCAGAUCAUCUGUGGCGUGCACUACCUCUACUUUGCCGUCAUCCUCUUCACCAUCAGUCUUUUCACCAUCCUGGGGAUCUCCUUGUUCACAGACCCGAUUCCGGAUAAACAUCUGCACCGUUGGAGUUUAUGGAACAGCCAAGAGGAAAGGGUCGAUCUGGACAAAGACACACAAGGGAAGAGCCCCGCACCGCAGGCACAGCCAGACGUAUUUGAGGAGGCCAGGAGCUGCCUCUGGAAGGCCUGGGACGUAUUCUCCGGCCUGGAGCCACUGCCAGGCCCCAGACUCACCCCGGAAGAGGCAGUCGUGCAGAAGAUGCAGUGUGGUGACACGGAAGGGACACAGCACAGUGCCACUUCUGAAGGGACAGAGAAGCGUGACAUGCUGGAAGGAACAAAGCUCCAAGACAUGCCAGAGAUGUCCCACUGGAGAAAAGUACCCAGCGCCUGCGGGUUCCUCUUGGUGUCACUCACAGUGCUCUGCCACUUCUGCUUCUCCUAG